AUGCUCACCCAGGUGAAGAGCUGGGCUUUGAGCCCUGACUCUUUGCAGAAACCCAGCGACAGCUUUGAUUAUACCAUUAACUCCAGCCCAACCUUCAGUGUCACCAGCAGGGCCAGUGCAGCUGGAAGCUCUUCAAGUACUUAUGCCUGGACCAACGCUAGCUUCAGUGCCCAGCCAGAACAAGGUCUAGGGACCCAACGAUGCAUACAGAAGAAGCAGAGCAAAGUGAAGAAGGGGGUCUUCUGGGGCAUCCAGGUGGUUGAGUCACUGGUUUGGAAGAACUGGAGAUUGGGCAAGGAGAUCACCAAGAACUUGACUUUGAAAAAUUUAAACAUAAAAACCCAGAAGCUGAAAUACAGGCUUCCCAGCACUAAGUUCUUCUUCACAGUGUACCCACAACCCAUCUUCUUGAGUCCUGGGAUGUCCUUUACUCUUCCUAUAAUCUUCCGGCCCUUGGAAGAGAAGGAGUAUGUGGAUCAGCUAUGUUUUGUAAUGGCAGAAGGUGAGUUUUCAGUGGAGCUCAAAGCCACCCUGCCUAGCCACCAGCUGUUCUGCCCCCCAUCACUGCAGUUGCCUUUAUGUGCUGUGUCUGAUUCCACCGAGGCCUGGUUCAAUCUGUGCAAUGUGGGGGACCUGCCCACCUUCUUCACAUGGGAUUUCCCCAACCCAUUUCAUGGGCUGCCCUCCACGGGGUUGUUGGAACCAGGCUCAGUUUGCCAGAUCAAGGUUGUGUUCCAGCCUCUCGUUGCCCUCAUCUAUGAUGUCCAGGCCAUUUGUUGGUAUGGGAAGACUAGUGAGCAGAAAAUUACCAUGCAACUCCAAGCUGUUGCUAAAUGCCCCCAGAUAAUGGUAUAUGUAAACAGAGAAGGGGCUGAGGAGAUUGACCUGGAAUCCUCCCAGAAGGUGGUGAACUUUGGUCCUGCCCCAGUGGGCUACACUAUGAAGAAGUGCAUCCAGCUGUUUAACCCAUCUGUGGUGAAUGCCCCAUUCCGAAUCGAGGCUAACCGAGACCUGUAUGAGGACGACCGAGUGUUCACCUGCCCGAUCAUACGAGGGAUUGUGUCUCCUGGGGAGCAGAUGUGGCUUCCUCUGUUAUUCCGUCCCCAGACUGUGGGCCUUCAGAGCAUUGACUACAUUACAAUUUUACCACCUGGGAGCACCUCGAAUGUCUCCCUUAAAAUAACUGGUUUAUGUGCAGGCCCUGCUGUGUCCUUGAAGCAUUACUGCAUUGAUUUCAACUGGAUCACCUUAGGCCAGUGUGCCACAAAAUCUCUGAUGAUCCAUAAUGAUGCCGAUUGCCCUGCUUACUUCAUGUUUGAGCUUGAUAACCAAGAGAGUGUCUUCUCCUUGGAGCCUCAAAGUGGGUUUCUGGGUAGUAGGGAGCAGAAAAUGCUGACUAUCACCUUCCAGCCCACCCACCCUAUCAUCUGCUACCGAAGGGUGGCAUGUCUGAUCCACCAUCAGGAACCACUGUUCUUGGAUAUCAUUGGGACCUGCCACUCUGAUAGCGCCAAGCCAGCCAUCCUGAGACCCCGGCACCUUAAGUGGUAUCGUACCCACAUGGCACGGGGGUUGAUACUGUUUUCACCAGACAUAUUGGGCACCAUGCUGAGGGAGAAGAAGCUCGCUCGGGAUGAAGACGGAGCGCUCAUGCUGUGCCAUGAGGACCCUGAGGAGCCGCCCCCUGCAAAAUAUCCAUCAAUUCCACCCCUGAGUGAAUAUUUCCUGGAUGGGACCAGUGACACAGCCAUCUUCCCUCCAACGGUCAGCAUAGAGCCCCUUGUGGUGAACUUCGGCAGGUGCUCUAGUUCUGAGGAACUCCACCCCUUCCCACUCUGCCUGACCAAUCACACCAGAGGCAAGAUUACAGUUGUCUGGACUUAUAAAGCCAACAGUCCCUUCCAUGUGGUGCCUGAUGUGGUUGACAUUCCCCCACUCAAGAAUACAGCCGUCCGCCUGCACUUCCUGCCUCAAUAUCCCAACAAAAUCUAUGCUGCUGAACUCGAGGCCUUUGCCUACUACAAGGUACUAAGGAGCUAUAACAACAUAGAGGAAGACUGUACUGUGUUUCCAUCUUGGUGCCUUAGACUGAUGGCCAUGGGGCAUACCUACGAAGUGGACAAGGAGCACAAUUUCCCUCGUUAUACCUUAGAUGUCCCCAAGCUCUUCCCUGCAGUUUCUUCCAACACCAUGAGCUACCGUACCUUGUUACUCUGCAACACUGGAUCUUUGAUGUUCACCUUCAACCUGAUGCCAAGUAGCAGCCCAGAAGUCACAUUCCGACCCACCUCUGGCUUCAUCCUUCCUGGGGCCUGCCAGAUCUUUCUCCUUUCCACUUGCCCCAAGGACAUCCCCUGGAAACAGCACUCAUUAACCCUGCAGUUCAACUUUUGCCCCAAGUAUAUCAAGGAAAUCAUGAUGAUGAGCCGGGAAGAACCACUGCAUCUUCAGCUGGAGUCUGGCACAACCCUCUUUUUGAAGCCCACUUAUGUGGGAGGCUCCUCCACCAGCCCCUUUACCAUCCGAAACACUACACGCCUGCCCCUGUCAUUUGAAUGGAAGUACACCUACCACAACAGCAAGGUGGUGUCUGUCCGGCCUUCCAAAGGGAUCAUCUUGCCCAAUGAGGCCAUGAUUCACAAAUGGACCUUCACUCCUAGUCUAGAGACCAAGUACCUGAUCCGAGCUGUCUUGUGGGGGUGGGAUGCAGGAGCAUCUUCUGGCCUUCCUCCUUCCCAAACAACUCACUACAUACUAAGAGUCAUUGGGGAGGGCAUUAAGGGCUUCAUUACUGCAAAAGAAAAAGAGCUGGACUUUGGGAAUGUGCUCGUGGACAGUGAGCAGAGGAAAGACCUGGUCCUGCUGAAUGAUGGGAACUGCACCCUUCGUUACCGCCUGUUUGUGGAGCAGUCAAUGAGAGGGCCUUGUGAUCCUGAGGAGGUGGAAAGUGACCCAAUUGUUCUGAAAAUGGACAAAAUGGAGGGAAUAUUGUCUGCCCGGUCACAGGAAACCAUCUGCCUUACUGCCUGCCCUACUCGUCGCCUGAAGUACACUUGGACCAUCAGCUGCUCCAUCCUCACCCAUAAAGAAAGUGAAUGUGGAGCUAAGGAGGUGGUGUGCAAGGUAACCAUGAUGGGUGUAUACCCAACCCUCUCAAUUUUGGAUGCCUGUGCAACAGGCAGCGCCGGGGGAAUCACUCGCCAACAUCUUUGGCGGCUCCUCUCCUUAGAAACUCUCAACAGCUACCUGGAGCGGGACCCCACCUCCUGGGAGCUCACCUAUAGGGUGCCUACCCGACACAGCACGAGCAGGAUUCCCUCCUUCUUCACCCCUUUGUUGCUUGAUUUCAAUUUUGGGGCCUCACCCAUUGGAUCUGAGCCCUCAGUGGUGUUCCUGUUGCUGAAGAACAGUGGCGUGGUACCCUUGAACUGGGCUUUCCUUUUCCCUAGUGACCAGCAAAUUGAUCUGGAGUUCUGGGCAGAAAGGACAGAGUUUGACUUUGCUGAAUUGCAUCAAAUGCGUGUUCAGGACAACCAGAUCUUCUCCAUCACCCCCAAGUCAGGAAGUCUGUGUCCUGGGCAGGAGCAGACAGUGGAGCUCACACACAGUCACAUCUUCGUUGGUACAGACCACCUGCCUGUGCUGCUCAAAGUGUCCCAUGGCCGAGAGAUUCUGCUAAACUUCAUAGGAGUGACCGUACAGGUAGGAGAAAAGUAUGUCCACUUCACAUCCACCAGUCAUCGGUUCACCCCAGUCACCAUUGGCACUGCCCUUCCCUCACGACAGAUUUAUGAACUAUAUAAUGGAGGUUCAGUACCUGUGUUAUAUGACAUCCAGCUGGAUCCUCUAUGGAAGGUCCAGAAACAAAAUUUCCAGCACCCCAUCUUCCAGUGCCUCAAUCCCCAUGGAGACAUACAGCCUGGCAAGACUACUCAAGUCUUCUGGAUAUUCUCACCAAUAGAGGCCAAGACCUACACUGUGGAUGUCCCCAUCCAUAUCCUGGGUUGGAACUCAGCUGUGAUCAGGUUUGAAGGUGUGGGCUAUGAUCGUUUCAUCAUGGGAGAUACAGCACCCUUCCAUGCUGUCACCACCAAUGACCAAACUCCAGUGGCCACCAAAUUGGUUGUACCUGGCCAGGUUGCAUUCCUAUCCCAGUCUCGAAUUUCCCUGGGCAACAUCCCAGUGUGCUCCAAAUCCAGCCGUCUCAUAUUCCUUAAUAAUGCCUCGGAGAAAGAGUCCAUCAUCUUCUCCUGGGACCUGGGGUCAUCAAGUAUAAUAGAUAAUGUGAUACUGAAACUAUCUCCCAUGAUGGGAGUGGUGGCUCCCGGGGAGAAUAUCCCUUGUGUGGUGACCAUGAAGGCCUCACAGCAUGCCUGUUUCUACAGUUUUGACAUGGUGUGCAAGGUUUACCUACAGAAAGCUCUGGCCCAGUAUGAAGCAGAGAUGCAGGCGUGGGAGAAGGAAAAGAACCGUCAAGAGGUUGAGUUUACAAUCACAGAAAAGAAUUUAGAGGGACUACGUGAAUUCUCGAAAUCUUCAUCCUGUACAGCGUGUGAUCGUGGCAGGAAGUAUAAGACCUUGCCCCCCAUCCAGAAACAACUGCCCUAUACCCCACCAGUCACUUGGAAUCUGAGGUGUCCCAAGACCGGGAAGAUCUGGCUCUACCCUGAGGCACCUAAGCCUUGCCUGCUCUACCUGGGCCUCACUGCCCGAGCCCAUAACAUGGAGGACUUCAUGGGGAACUUCUUCUCCGAAUCCCCCUGCUACUUCCUCUGCCAGCCACUCAGAGAGAAGAAAAACGAGGGAGAAUCGGUGAUAGCGGAGGAUGAACCUAAACAGGGCACAUUUUCUAGGCAGGCAAAGCAGGUCGUGACAGAUAUUCUGACCACAGUUAUCAGGGGCUUGCUGGAAGACAGGAAGUUCCAUGAAGAUGUGGAAAGUACCCUGGUAGAACCCAUUCCUUACUUCAGUCAGUUCUGGAGUGAGGAAUCAGCUCGGAUGCUAAACCAGAAAAGUAGCUUAGGCCACAUGUCUGAUAUCUCCACCUCGUGUGAGGGAGAAGAGGAGGAAGCAAAUCAAGAUGAAGACAAGGAGGAUGAGAUGGGAGAAGAUGAAGAAGAAUCCUGGGACAAGGGAAAGCUGUUUGGGUCCCUGGAUGAAAGUCUUUCUCCAAGCAGCAUACAGAAGAGGUCUCUGGAUCAGUUGCUGUCAGGAGGACUGAAUAGCAUACUGCAGGAAGAGAAUGCCCGGUGGGAAAAAGAGACUAUCUCCCGGCUGCCCAGCUUCCUGAGUCUUCGCCAGUCAGUGCUGGAAAACAUAAUCCAGAACAUCAUGAUCGAGGCCAGCCGUGGGGAGGUGGUGCUGACCAUGAAGCCCCGUGUCAUCGCCCUCCCUCCUCCACCACAGCCCCCCGUGAAGAUCUUACCCAGUGGGCCGACCCCAGACACAAUACCCCAGGGAUCCUCUGGGCAGUACCUAAACUUGGGCACUGUUCAACUGCCUCUGCCUCAGAUCAACACUUUCACGAAGACAUCCAUCUUCAGUGGCGUGGAGCUGACUCCGGCCAGGGACCACGCCACGCUGGCUGGCUUGAGGGAGGGAGCGGGGAGGGGCUGCUGGGGAGGGGCUGGGCUGGGCUGGGCAGGCCAGGUCCUGGCGCACCUGUUGUCUCGGCUGCCGGCCGGCUGGCCCGCCGACGUGUCAGCCCCGAGAGCCACGCAGGUGAGAGGAGUCGAGCGCCUGCGGCUCCGGGCCCUCGGCUGCUGUCAGAUUCGCUAUCCUGCCCCCCUCCCCGGCCCCCCACCCGACGCCCGGCCAGCAGCAGCCAGCAGAAGGAGGAGGAAACGCCGCAGGGGCCGUGAGCAAGCCGAAACCAGGACCCACUCCGGUGAUCCCGUGCCCGUGUCCCAGGCUCUCCGCUCCCGGCCCGCGCCGAGCCCCUCGCACAAACCGGACCUGAACGUUUUGUUCGUUCGGCUCGCCGCCAGAACCCGCCCACCCUGCCCCACCCGGCACUCAGGGCCCUGUCCCGGGGACUGUGGCAGUCUGUGUUACAGUCCAUGGGGCCGGGAGCUCAUCUGGUUGUGGGAGAGUGUAGUAGCUACCCCUCAGAUUUAG